UCCACAGCUGAACACGUGUUUGAACGAGGAAGUCGUUUCUACAACAACUUGACCUCAGAAGCAGUUGUGGUGCUGUAGUCCUGUUUCUGUCCUCGUCGUCCUGAUGGACCCGAACCUGCACCACUGGAAGAACCAGGAACAGUCUUUCCUCCGUCGACUGAGGAUCUGGUUGGAUCUCCUCGAUCCACUGUCCCUGAUCGCCAGUGAUGCUGAAAUACAGAAGGCCCACACUCUUCUUGGAAGCGGAGAGAAAGUAAAUGAAAAGGAUGUGACCCUCUCGCUCUCGUCCGUCCACGCGGAUUCUGGUGCCAAUCUUCCACUAAUUUACCGGCCUCCAGCACUGUUACCAAUGUCACUACCUCUGGUGGCUGGCAGUCUUAUACCACAUAUCAGAAUCAAACAUGCUGCGUUCUGGCAGUUUAUGCUGCAGAGUUACUUUGCUGGGUUCAACUACGCAAACAGAAAUUCUUCAUCAGAGAAGAACAAGAAGACAACACAUUCGACGAAGCAUCUGUUGAUCGCUGGAACAGUUGUCACUGCAACGUGUGCAGGGGUCCUUCCUCAAUUUUUAAUGAGCCAAACUAGUAUAAUAACCGCAACAGUCCACCCUUUCGUGCGGUUUGUAUUACCCAUCCCACUCUCAGCUGCUCUCGCCUACUUCAAUGUGAGCUUUGUCAGAAGUGACGAGACAGAAACUGGGAUCGAAGUGUUUGAUUCCAAUGGAAAUCCUGUCGGCCUCUCUGAAGCAGCAGGAGAAAAGGCUGUGAGGGAGACAGCAUUGUCAAGAGCGGCCCUGUUUGGUACGACCAGUGCCGUUCCUUUUGUCCUGUCUUCACUCUUAAAAAGAACCAGAUUUGCUUUGAGGAACUCUCCGCUGGUCGGUCCUCUGAGUGGUGCGUUGGUUCUGUUCUUAACGAUCCCCGUCUCGUUCAGUCUCUUUCCACAACUGGGAACGAUAAGGAGGGAGGAUGUAGAGGACGAGCUGCAGGCAGCAGCGUACGACGGACAGUUAUACUACCAUAGAGGACUCUGAGGAGCUGUGUUAUAGAGCGGAUAGAGAUGCUGUCACUGUAUAGCUUCAUGAUAAAUGUCCAAAUGUACAAAGCCUUUAACAGACUCAAAGAUGAAAUGCAGCUUUUUCUCACAGUUUUAAUGUGAAAUAUUGUGGUGGCUAUUCUUUAAAUAAAUCAUACAAAGGAUGA